UGUGGUACUCCGGCGGUCCAAUUCCUUAAAGGCUAACCAGUGAACUAAGCCGAGCUAAUAUAACGAACGAACAUUUCACAGACAGCAACAUUGAAUAUGGCGGCGGACCCUAAUCUUCUCCGAGCGGAUAAAUCGCUUGGUUUGUUAACUACGAAGUUUGUGGAUCUUCUCAAAGGUGCUCAAGAUGGAAUACUCGAUCUCAAGCAGGCUGUGGACAUUCUCGAGGUUCGGCAGAAGCGCAGAAUAUACGAUAUUACAAGCGUACUGGAAGGAAUCGGGCUAAUUGAGAAACGAACUAAAAACUCUAUUAUAUGGAAGGGCGGCGGUCCUGGAUGUAACACGGAGGAAUUGACACAGCGCCGCAUCGAGCUCACGGCGCAGGUGGAAGAGCAACAAGACGUAGAAGAGGCGUUAGAUGAACAUCUAAAGCAGGUGAAACAGUCCAUUCUCAAUAUUCGAGAGGAUAUAUCAAACAGAGGAAAGGCCUUCGUAACGUACCGUGAGCUAUGGGAUGUGAUGGGUGGCGAAAGCUUGUUAACACUGCAGGGACCUUUAGACACAGCAGUAAAGGUGAUUGAUCCACGUUCGGUUAGGGAUAAAACAAACAAUGGGUUCUGGGUACAAUGCCGAAGCGAUAUGGGCCCGAUUGACGUACAUCUCAUUGAUCGCAAACCGAACGCACUGGCGAGUAAUAUAGCAACACUCGAGAGAAAUAAUGACGAAACUUCGACGGGUGGAAACGGCGAAACAGAUCAAAAUGUAGGCGACGCUUUAGACAGCCUAAUCAAGGAGACACUUACUGACACAGAAGCCGCACGACUUAGCCCAGCUAAAAAAGUACGAACUGACCCACCUGAAGAGGAACAACAGCAGACCCCUGUCCGCAAACGGAGAAGUUCAACAGCGGCGAACGAAGGUCAACUGCGAAAGCAGGUCAAGAAGACAGACGACGACGACGACGAUACAACUGUUAUCGGCAGUACUCAGGUCCCCAGCGAGGAGGAACCGCACGAUAUUCUGAGGGCAUUGAUUGAGUACGAUUCACUAUUAACGUCAAAUCCACCGCCGUUUGUCAUACUCUCACCUGCGCCUAGCGAAAACGACUUUAAUUAUACGCUCGAUCCGGCAGAAGGGAUCUGUGACUUGUUUGGCGAGGAGUAAAGUGAGAGGGCUUUCCAAGCUUCUUUCGGCCAUUGUGCAGAUACCGUGACAACGAGGAAAACUAAAUUAGUUUGCCUGGCUUUUUCCCGUUUGUUGUAGUAUAUAAUAGUAAUUUUGUUGCUGUAGUUUUUGCGGCUAGCCCUUCACUUUCUUGUAUGCACUGCGUGAGCAAGUUGAUUAAAUUUUUUCCAAGCAAGCACGCAAAUAAUUGUAGCACUGCUAUGCGUAGAGAGAGUUGGGCAACUUUCCUAUUUCGUAUAGAAACCUCCCUCUAGAACAGCAUCUCAAUGUAAAAAUGAACAUAUGCAAUUGUCGUCAGCGAGACUGUAGCAGGCAGUCCGGCGGAUAGCUAAAGGAUUGGGGAGGGGUAUAACAUUUGAUGAUGUAUUUAUUAAUAUGUGUCGGUGACCCGGGUGUUCACCACGUCGUUUAAGUUGUAAAUACCUACAAAAAGAUCACAUGUGAAAUAAAUAAUGAAUGAAAACAAAGUAUCACCCCUAUACCGCCUCUCCAUACUUUUAUUUACAUAUAAUAUAUAUAUAUAUAUAUACGCUUGUCUGGAAACAGCGUCUCUGCGCUCCAUAUCUGUGCCACGAUAUUCAGUGUCCCUAUUAUACCCACGAUAAUAGUAUAAACUUUCCACGCGAGAGCUAUCUCUUCCAUUUUUUUUUAUAAAACUUUAAUUACAAAAC